AUGUCGUCCUCCCAGUCCUUUCGGGAUUCAUCCCCCAUCGCAGGCACCGGCAGACGCAAAUCACACUUCACCUACCGACAUCUGUCUCAGCUUGCCUCAUACAAUACGUCUUGUCCUUUGCGAGUCGUUGCGCACAUCGAUCUAGAUGCCUUCUACGCUCAAUGUGAGAUGGUCCGUUUGGGCGUGCCCAAAGACCAGCCCCUGGCUGUCCAGCAAUGGCAGGGUCUGAUUGCUGUCAACUACCCAGCACGGGAGCAUGGUAUCGGCCGCCAUUGCACCUUGACCGAAGCUAAGAAGAUGUGCCCAAAUAUAAUUGCUCAGCAUGUAGCCACAUGGCGGGAAGGCGACGACAAAUGGGCCUACCGCGAUGAUGCAGCCGCCAACAUUCAGAGUGACAAGGUCUCUCUAGACCCUUACCGCCUGCAGUCCAGAAAGAUCUUGGCAAUCAUCAAGGAAUCCUUACCCCAAGACCUCCAAAAGGUUGAAAAGGCCAGCAUAGACGAGGUCUUCUUGGACCUGUCUGCGCAAGUGCACUCCGUUCUGCUGGAGCGGUUUCCGGAACUCGGGAACCCACCUCCAUACGACGACCCUACUGAGAAUCUGCCCAGCCCGCCUGUCUCAGCACUAGAUUGGCAAGCAGAUGCUCUAAUCGAUCUGGACGAGGAGGAGGAGUCUGUGGACCCGGACUGGGACGACGUGGCGAUCCUCAUUGGAUCCGAAAUUGUACGAGACGUUCGACGUCAGGUCCUAGAAAAGCUCUUUUACACAUGUUCGGCCGGCGUUGCCAAGAACAAGCUGUUAAGCAAGUUAGGCUCCGGUCACAAAAAGCCCAACCAGCAGACUGUGAUCCGGAACCGAGCCGUGGAUCAAUUCCUGUCUGGUUUCAAGUUCACAAAGAUGCGCAAUCUCGGGGGAAAGCUCGGCGAAAACGUCGUUACGACCUUCAACACUGAUGCCGUCAGUGAACUGCUGCCCAUUCCCUUGGAUCAGAUGAAGGCAAAGCUGGGGCAUGAAACGGGAACAUGGGUAUACAACACCAUUCGAGGUAUCGACAACAGCGAAGUCAACUCUCGUACACAGAUCAAGUCCAUGUUGUCAGCCAAAUCCUUUCGACCUUACAUCAACACGCCCGAGCAAGCUGUGAGGUGGCUUAGAAUCUUUGUGGCCGACAUUUUUGCCCGACUGGUGGAGGAGGGCGUUUUGGAAAACAAACGCCGGCCAAGAACAAUAAAUCUACACCACCGUCAUGCCGGUCAGAUGAAAUCACGGCAAGGCCCGAUCCCUCAAGGCAGGCCUCUGGAUGAGCAGACGCUCCUCGAAUUGGCAAAAAGCCUCCUCAACCAGAUCAUAGCAGAAGGAAAUGUCUGGCCUUGCGCGAAUUUAAGCUUGAGCGUUGGGGGAUUUGAGGAUGGUAUCACUGGUAACAUGGGCAUCGGAGCCUUUCUGCUCAAAGGAGAGGAAGCCCAAGCCCUAAGGCAGGGCGCCCGUGAAGCAAGCGGCACAUCGAUACCGGAAGAAAAUCCAUCAAAACGACGGCGGACUGAGGAAGGGGCCAUCCAUCGCUUCUUUACACGGGGCGUUUCCACCGACGACGAACUGCUGCCCGACGAUGCAACCAUCACCGAGGAUAUCAAAUCCCGAAAAAGGGCGACCACGGCAGACUCGCCAGCGGCUACACUUACGGCGGAUCGACCGCAGGAAGCAGUCAACGAUAGCUGUGGCCAGCCACCAAUCACGCCCUUCGUAUGUACGCGCUGCAACACAGGCUUCGAAACGCCAGAAGAACACCAAAGCCACGCAGAUUGGCACUUCGCCAAGGAUCUACAGGAAGAAGAACGUGGCAAUGCCGCAUUUGCCAAUCGAUCCACUGCACGCAGCUCUGGCACAAAAGCAUCGGGUGCAUCGGCCAAGCGAGGCGGCCGCGGAGGCAAACUCGAACAAGGCCAGAGCAAGUUGAGGUUUGGAUGA